AUGGCAAAAGGGCUAAGCGAGGUGUGUAUGGUGAGCAGUUCUUCUCUACCAGAAGUUCCUGAGCCAAUCCUUGGUCUAAAUACUAAUACCUUUAACGAUUCCUCUCAGCUCUUUAAAAAUGAAAAUGCAAGCAUUGAGGAAUUCGUUAUCAAAACUGAUCCCAUUAUUGCGGAAAACUCGGAGUUAUGUAUUCGACAAAGUCCUUCCAUUACAGAUAAGAAAAAUUACGUGUGUCCCUAUAUUGGGUGUACAAUGGAAAUGAGGAGUAAAAAGGAAUACAUGGCUCACAGAAAAACACACCCCAAACCUUUUAUUUAUGAAUGCAAAGCGUUCGAUUGUGGGCGAACAUUCAAUCAUUCGUCAUCAUUAUUCAAUCACAAGGGAAAACAUGGACCUAAAAUUCGGUGCGAAAAGUGUGACAAAUACUUUCCUAAUAAAGCUAAAAUGAGACUUCACAGGAAUCGUUGCAACACCGAAUGUCAACAGCAAAUUUAUGAGUGUCUCUAUCCCGCAUGCAAUGUAAAAACGAAGUAUUACAACGAAUAUAUAAUUCAUAAGGCAACGCAUCCCAAACCUUUUAUUUACGAAUGCAGAGUGCACGGAUGUGGGAGAAUAUUCAAUCAUGCGUCAUCAUUUAGCUGUCACAAGGAAAAACAUAAACCUGAAAUUCGGUGCAAAAAGUGUGGCGAAUGUUUUUCCAAUGGAGCUAAAUUGAAACGUCACAAGAAGAGUUGUAGCACCGAAUAUCAUGAGAAAAAUUACGUGUGUCCUUAUGUUGGGUGUACUAUGGAAACGAAGAAUCACAAUGAAUACAUAGCUCACAGGAAAACGCACCCCAAACCUUUUAUUUAUGAAUGCAAAGUGCCCGGUUGUGGGUUAACAUUCAAUCAACAGUCAUUGUUCAGCAGACACCAGGAAAAACACAGGCCUAAACCUAAAUGCGGAAAUUGUGGCAAUGUUUUUAGCUGUAAGAAUUAUCUGGAAACUCACAAGAAGUGUUGUAUCGCAACUUCUCUUUAA